AUGGGGAAGAAAGAGCUAUCCACCGAGCAACAAAAUCAAAUCGUGCAAUUCAUUCUUCACGGGUCCGUCAACGGCAAACCAUCUCGAGGCAAGCUCUUGGAGGCGCAAUUGAAGUGGUCUGUCUCGCGAUGGACCAUUUAUCGGCUAUGGGGGGCUGCAAAAAAACAACAAGAGAAAGGAAAAGUCAUUCAUCUUGUAAGCGGUAAGAAAACCAAGAUAGUGAAGAAACAAUUACACUUAGACACCACACUACUCUCUAGCCUAGCAUACUCAAAAAGAGGCACAAUUAGGAGACUCGUUGUUGGCUUAGGUAAUAGCAAGAGCACAGUUGGGAGAUGGGUGAGUGCAGGGCUGAUCAGGGCUCAUACUUCAGCCAUUAAACCAAAUUUGACAGCCGCAAACAAGCUAUUAAGGAUGAGAUUUUCACUAGAGGCCUUAGAGGUGGAUAGGGUUUUAAACAAGAUAAAGUUUAAGACCAUGCACAACACUGUGCAUAUAGAUGAAAAGUGGUUUUAUAUAACCAAGGGUGCACACAGAUUCUAUUUAGCCCCAGAGGAAGUGGAGCCACAUAGGACAUGUCAAAGCAAGAAAUUUAUAGGGAAAAUAAUGUUCAUAUGCGCUGCGAGCAGACCAAUAUUUGGAGAUAAUGGUGAAGUCUUAUUCGAUGGCAAGAUUGGGAUAUUUCACUUUACAAAGCAAGUACCAGCCAAGAGGAGCAGCAAAAACAGAGUUGCAGGCACAUUAGAGACCAAACCUAUAGAAUCUAUCACAAAGGAGGUGUAUAAGGAGUGUGUAAUAAAUAAGAUGAUUCCUGCAAUUAUAUCUAAAUGGCCAGCAAGUGCAAGCAAGAACAUUUUCAUUCAACAAGACAACGCAAGGCCACACAUCAAAGACAGUGAUCCUGAAUUUAGGGCUGCUGCAACCCAAGAUGGUUUCAAUAUCGUCUUGGUGCAACAGCCUCCAAAUUCACCAGAUUGCAACGUUAACGAUUUAGGAUGGUUUAGAGCCAUCCAGUCUCUACAAGAAGAGACAACAUGCAACUCAAUUGAUGAACUACUAAAAACAGGCCACAAUAACUACAAAAUACCCCACAUGGGCAAAGGUGCAAUGAUUAGGAAUGACAGACUACCACUGAACUUGAAAGUUCCUACGGAGUUAACGCUGCAAUGCAUCGAACAUUUGAAGGAAAUGGGAAGCAUGGAAGGCAUUGAAGAGAUAUUUGCACGAUUGGGAUUGGAUGCAAUUGAUCAAAGCCUGACGACCUAA